AUGUCUCCAUAUUUGAAUCGAAUCGGACGAAGAUUUGGGAUCCUGGCUUCCGGAAAUUUUGUGGAUCUGAGAGUGAUGUGGGAAAGAUGUGAUGUCCGGAGGGAAAAAGAGGCAACAGAUAAAGGGUCUCACCGGAUUCCGAGGGAUUACGAAACUCUGUUUUUCGAUUUAAGGAAAUCAGAUUUCGUGAUCUGGAGGAGGGAGAUCAUGAUCAGGGAUCACGAAGUUCAUUUUGGAGAUAUUCGGACAGUAUAUGGAAACAAGGUGGGAGACUUUAGCAUUAGACAGAUUGUGUAG